AUGGAAAUUGUUUUACAUUACGUAUUCAAGUUAGGGUGUUUCAGAAUAAAUCAGUCAGAGGUCGUCAAUGAAACGUUGAAUGGAAAAGAUGUUUUGGUAUUACUGACAACUGGUGGCGAGGAAAGUCUAUGUUACCGGUUACUUGCAAUGGUAGAAACUGGAAGAACAAAAGGAGCAAGAAUUAUAAUAACCAUCCCCGUAGAAGAAGUUAAAAUUGAAAGCUUUUCCUCACCAAAUCCACCAGAAAUUUUAUCAGAUUUGGUAAUUGGAAUAAAUGAAGUAACGAAAUAUCUUGAAAAAUCAAUAAGUCAAUCUGAUAAUAACAAUCAUAUGAAAUCAUUGAUUUCAGCGAUUCCAAAAAAAACAAAUAACAAUGAUAACAAUGGAAAACAUCAAAAACAUCAUCAUCAACCGUUAAACGUAAUAUUUGUUUGUAAAUAUGAUAUAAGUCCAUCGCACUUAUAUUCACAUCUACCUAUUAUGGUGUGUUUAGAAGGAAAAGUUUUACUUGUACAAUUACCCAUCAAUUCGAUCAACAAAAUUUCUAAUAAUAUUCAUAUUAAAAGAUGUUGUUGUAUUGGUGUAAAGGAUAAUUCAAAAAAAGAGUUUAGCAAGUUAUUUAAUUUGAUUAAUGAAGGUCAAAUAAAACCCAUAAAAGCAUCUUGGUUGAAACCAUUUGAUCAAGAAAUAAAUAAUGGUGACGAUAAUCAAGAGGAUAAAGAACAAUUGUUAUUAUUAAAUAAAAAACGUAAAUUAGAAGAAGAAGACUUUAAUUCUAAUCUCGAUUCUAAUAAUAUUAAUACCACAAUACCGGUAACAGCGACAGCAACAGUAGUAAAUUCUUCUUCCACCACAACCACCAAUAACACUAAAGAAGAUUUCAUCUAA